GGUCUGGAAAAUGAGAAGCAGAAUUUUCAUUUGAUUAAAACAAAUAGCUGUAUUUGUUUUGUCCUGGUGAAGGUUCGAGGUCUCUCCUGCGUUGGUUUCUCAGGUCAUAGAAACAUGUUUCCUUAAUCUGUAGUUUUGACCGAGCAGGGUGUUCCGGUGUACGACCGAGAGGAAACUUCUUUUAUAUUAUCUGGGUAAGUAGUAAGAGAAAGUUUCAUGCAAAUAAUUCAUCGGAUUUGACAAAGAAACAGCUGUCUCUUUCUCGUGUGGGCAUCGAGUUCUAAAUCUGUUGUCAGCGUCGAAGUAGAUCCGAGGUGAAUGUGGUGCUCCAAAAGCUAAUUUUUGUGCUGUUUUUUCCUAAAGAUGAGCAAGAAUUACGAAGGGUUUCUGGACUCUCGAGAAAAAAGUUGCACAUUUAAGGAGAAAGAAAAGCUGCAGAAAAACGUAGCCAGUCCAGACUCCAGAGAAAGCUUUUAAGAAAUAGGCCAACUUCGAGAGAGAGAGAGGCAGUUGGGCAAUUAUCAGAACUAGUUCCCCUAGGAACCAGGGUUCAUUUGGGGUUUACACUUGAAGCUGGCAUUGUUCCAGUUUAAGGGGCUAGAGAGAUUUCAUGUUUCUUUUAUUAAAAAAAAAAAAAACUGAGUCUCUGAAGUUAAUGGUAGUGAUACUUUCAGGUUAGGGAGGUUAUUGAAGCCCUAUCUCGUUCCGGAACGAAGAUUGGAAGGAUGACAGGUUCUUUUGCGGAUCUUUUAACGCACUUGCCAUUUUGUUAUGUUUAAAAUCAAAGCACAAGAGUUUUCGGUCAUAAUUUUGAGAAAAUUCUGCCGUGAUCGGUGUAGGAUGGGAGUACUUGACGGGUAUUUGGGAUAAAAAGUUUUUAAGGGCUGAUAGUAGGAUUGUUCAGAAUGGCUGAAGAUGCUCAAGAGAUGCGGUCUUUGGCCUUGACUCCGACGUGGUCUGUUGCUACCGUGUUGACGAUCUUUGUUGCCGUUUCUGUUCUCGUGGAACGAUCUAUCCACCGAUUAAGCUCCUGGUUGCAGAAAACUAACCGAAAACCCUUGCUUGCAGCAGUGGAGAAAAUGAAAGAAGAGUUGAUGUUGCUUGGAUUUAUUUCUCUCCUUUUAACGGCUACCUCAAGCAUGAUAUCCAAUAUUUGCAUACCAUCGAAGUUCUAUGAUAGCAAGUUUGCCCCAUGCUCCAGAUCAGAGAUUGACGAAGAACAAGAAAAUAAUUCAUCCCAGGAUCGUAAACUGUUGAUGGCUUCUGUUCUACCUCACUUGUUUAGGAGGAUGUUGAAUGAGUUGAAUCAGAAUACCUGCAAAAAGGAUCAUGAACCAUUUGUUUCAUAUCAAGGUCUUGAGCAGUUGCACCGCUUCAUAUUUGUCAUGGCAAUAACUCAUAUAUCUUACAGUUGCCUCACGAUGUUGCUGGCAAUUGUGAAGAUUCACAGCUGGAGGGUAUGGGAGGACGAGGCUCACAUGGACCAGCAUAAUGCAUUAACUGAAAUCACAAGAGAACAGACAUUGCGAAGGCAAUCAACAUUUGUCAAGCUUCAUACUUCAAGUCCUUGGGUCAGGAAUAGUUUCCUCGUCUGGGUGACAUGUUUCUUCCGGCAAUUUGGGCGUUCAGUGGUUCGUGCCGAUUACCUUACACUCCGGAAGGGCUUCAUCAUGAACCACAAUCUCACAAUAAAAUACGAUUUUCAUGCCUAUAUGAUUCGCUCAAUGGAAGAAGAAUUCCAAAGGAUUGUUGGUGUGAGUGGCCCACUGUGGGGAUUCGUUGUUGCUUUCAUGCUGUUUAAUGUAAAAGGGUCUAAUCUUUAUUUCUGGAUAGCGAUCGUUCCUAUUUCUCUUCUUCUUCUGGUCGGCACAAAGCUGCAGCAUGUUAUUGCAACCUUGGCAUUAGAGAAUGCAAGUAUAACUGGAUUUUUCACAGGAGGAAAGCUGAGGCCUCGAGAUGAUCUUUUCUGGUUUAAAAAGCCAGAACUGUUAUUGUCCUUGAUCCAUUUUAUUCUUUUCCAGAAUGCAUUUGAAUUGGCUUCUUUCUUUUGGUUCUGGUGGCAGUUUGGGUAUGAUUCUUGCUAUAUCAGGAGUCAUUUGCUCGUGUACCUAAGGCUGAUUUUGGGGUUUGCUGGGCAGUUCCUGUGCAGCUACAGCACCUUGCCUCUGUAUGCACUUGUUACUCAGAUGGGAACAAAUUAUAAGGCAGCCUUAAUUCCUCAUAGGAUAAGAGAGACUAUCCAUGGAUGGGGGAAGGAAGCCAGGAGGAGAAGGCGGCAUGGUAUGUUCACUGAUGAUUCCACUAUACACACAGAAACAAGCACAGUAAUGUCAAUUGAGGAAGACGAUCAUGAGUUCGUUGAUGACACCCCUGGAACCGCCCCUGGUGCAUGCACUGAAAUUCAGUUACAGCCAGCUUCUGAUAUUGCAACCAGCCCCUUGCCAGUUGCUAAUGAAACCUCGAGCAGAGUAGGUACACCCCUCCUUCGACCCUCCGCCUCGGUUUCUUCACCAGCUACCUUGUCUUCUAAGACACAAGGUAUUCCCAGAUCUUUUUCUUUGCCAAGCAGAAGAGAAUGAAGUGAUGAUGAAAAUGAUAAUGAAGAAAAAAUAUAUCAAGUUUGAUGAGUUUAGGCAUUGUUCGGGUUUCAGAUUAUUGAGAGAGAGAUGUGGGCUUGAUAUAUGGUUCCGUGCAGCAUCAUCCAAUGUUCUUUCCGAAAUACAGAAGAAUGGUAGAAGUUCAUAGAAUACUAGACAAUACAAGUUGUGACAUGAUUAAGUAGAUAUCAAUACAAGAGCUUUUGAUGUAACUGAUUCGUGGAACUUAAAGAAUGUACACUUACUAAUUGUGAUGA